ACUUCUAGGGUUUGUGGAGUGAGCUCGAGCGGAGGGCUCCUCGAUUUCCAGGUACCGGCGUAUUCUUCCAAAGAGAUCGAAGAACUCUGUGGUUGCGCGCGUUUUCUUUCAUUUAUUUUCUCGGAUUUGCGCCUCGAGAACACGAAUGGAGGCGGAGGUGUGGUCGUCGCGAAUUGCGUCGUCCAAAAGGGCUCAAUUGCUGCAAGCAUCUCAGUCCUUGUUAGAUCGACAACUAAACACGGAGGACUUGGAAGUGGACGAGGAUUUGCGCACGGAUUUCGCGUGCCCUUACUGCGAGGAAGAGUUUGAUAUCACGUCCUUGUGCUUGCAUCUGGAGAUAGAGCACUGCUUCGAUGGGAAGCUCACUAUGUGUCCCGUGUGUGCUGCGCGGGUCGGGGACGUUAUUGGCCAUAUAAAUUCCGAUCAUGCACAUCUCAAGAGGAGAAGGCUUCGCAAGCCCAAAGAUAUCGCGGGGAACUUGCAAGCACUGUUGGGAGCACAGGGGAGAGCGUCGGAUUCGUUUCUUCUCUCCCUCGUUUCGGGGUUUCCAACCUCCGAGCCGGAGGUCUUAAAGUCGGGCUUACCAUUCUCAGUGGCGAAUUUAUCUCCGGACGAAGAAACAGUAGAAGAAUUCACCACCAGCUCUGGAUCCCCUUCGCUAUCGUCGGAAGAGAAGAAGGAAAGGACGAAAGAGGCCUCCUCUAGAGCACUCUUCGCGCAACACCUUGUGCUCUCCACACUUUGGCGAGAGCCAUGACGAGAUUCCAUUCGAGAUAGAGAUACGCAAAACUCCACGAGUUUAUAUUUAUAUAGACCAAGAGGGGUACUCCACACAACUAUUUUACUGCCUGAUAUUUUCCGGUGGGAGUUUUGUGUGUUGCCUUCCUGAAUCACAGGAGAGAGCGCGAAAGAAGAAACGAGAUACUUUCUCCGCUAUCACAGCUCUCGGAAAUAAUCACAUUAAAUUUUACACAGACGAACGAGACGCGAGCUUGUUUGCCUUCUUCCAA